UAAAGUAAUUUUAGCGCUGCCAGAUAAUUUAGAGUCUAGUGAUGUAAUUAUACAACUUGUAUGUUCAAAAUGUUUAUUAAAUCAUCAAUAUUGACUGGAAUACAUUAUAUUAAACAAUGUACAAUAUCGAAAAGUGCAUUUAUUCACACAAGUAUAAUUUUAAGAAAAGCGGAAGAUCGUAAGGAAAUGUUAGCAUCACUGCCGGCUAAAGACGAGGGCACCAUUGGCGAGAAAUCUGUCGAUAUUGACACGCUUUUCAACCGAAGGGCAAAAUCCUUUCCCGAUGCCAAUACGGCUACACAGCUUUUCAACGGCAUACCCUUCAAUGAAUUGCCCAUUUGCAAUAUACGUGUGUCACCCAACAACACAAUUAUUUCAGUGACGGACUAUAAAGGGGUGCCUCGACUUAUACGAUCGUGUGGGAUUGAAGGCUUUAAAAAUACCAGAAAAGGAACGAAUAUAGCUGCUCAGGCCACUGCUGUUAGCAUAAGCGCGAAAGCUGUUGAGCUUGGAUGGAAAACAAUUCGAGUGAAAGUUCGUGGCCUAGGACCAGGAAGAAUGUCGGCUAUCAAAGGCUUGCAAAUGGGCGGCUUGAAUAUCAUUUCCGUUACUGAUAACACGCCUGUAUCCUGGAAUCCGCCACGACCUCGCAAACAACGAAGCCUUUAAUUGAAAAAAUACAAUUCAAAUAGAUUUAUAUAAAAUA